UCCCUUCGGGCCUCUCCUCCGUCCUGCCCCUCAGGAAAUUUAUCCCCGGGCUGCGCCGAGCGCUGGUAGCACCCCUCUCCCCGAGACCCCGUCCUCGCUCGCGCGUCUCGGAGGGUCCGCCCGCCCGCCCCUUGGGUGACGCACCCUCCCCGCUCCUCCAGCCCCCAGACCUCCUCCUCGCUCGGGCUCCCAGGCCCCUCCCCUCCUCGAACCCUGCCAGGCGUCCUGCCCCUCCCGCUCGGAGCCGCGGCCGCGGACCACCUCGGCUCUAGAACCCUAAGGCCGGGGGGCCUGGCUCCGUCCCCUCUCACACCCUCGGGGACCAGCCGCUCGGAGAGAGUGGAGAAGUGGGGGGCUCCCCUCUGGGUCCCGAGGACAUGGGGGCCGCGCGGGGUGCUCUUUGCAGCCGGAGCCGGGCUCUAGGACCCAGCGGGCAGGCUCGCCCGCCUCGCUCCUACCCCUCCCCCAAGCCGCCCCCUCCCCCCCCACGUCUUCCAGGUUCCCCCUCCCUCCCCCCGCGCCCCGGCUCCCGGUGCCCGUCUCCAGCGCCGCCGGAGCCAGCGAGGGAGCGGGAGCCAACAGGAGGAGGAGGAGGAGGAGGAGGCCGCGUCGCCGCCGCUCGGAGCCCGGCCGGAACCUCCCAGACCACCCUGGAGUGUCCCCUGAGGCCAGGUUUGGUUUACAACAAAGUGAACCCCAUCUUCCACCACUGGAGUCUGGGUGACUGCAAGUUCGGCCUGACGUUUCAAAGUCCUGCCGAGGCUGAUGAGUUCCAGAAGAGCCUGCUGGCUGCGCUGGCUGCACUGAGCCGAGGCUCGCUCACUCCCUCCUCUUCCUCUUCCUCCUCCUCCCCUUCCCAGGACACUGCAGAGACACCCUGCCCCCUGACGUCCCACGUGGACAGCGACUCCUCCAGUCACAGCCGCCAGGAGACGCCUCCCACAGCUGCGCCAGGGCCCAUCGUCACAGUGGAGUCCGCGGCUGCCUUCCCGCCGGCCACGCCCCCACAACGUCGGCGCUCCUCCGCUCAGAGCUACCCUCCGCUCCUGCCGUUCACCGGGAUUCCCGAACCCUCGGAGUCUCUGGCUGGCGCGGGGAGCCAGGGCUGGGGCGGCCGCGGCUACGAGGACUACCGGCGAUCGGGACCGCCACCACCUCUCGCCCUGUCGACCUGCGUCGUGCGCUUCGCCAAGACUGGUGCAUUACGGGGUGCGGCCCUGGGUCCCCCAGUGUCACUCCCUGCCCCUCUCGCCGAGGCAGCACCCCCAGCACCUCCCGCCCGUCCGCCCCCGGGCCCGGGCCCCACCCCUGCUCCGGCCAAGGCCUCCCCGGAGGCUGAGGAGGCUGCGCGCUGCGUGCACUGCCGAGCGCUCUUCCGCCGCAGAGCAGAUGGGCGUGGCGGUCGCUGCGCGGAGGCCCCAGACCCAGGUCGCCUGCUAGUGCGCAGGCUCAGCUGCCUGUGGUGUGCCGAGAGCUUGCUGUACCACUGCCUGUCGGACGCCGAGGGCGACUUCUCGGACCCCUGCGCCUGUGAGCCAGGCCACCCACGGCCUGCGGCACGCUGGGCCGCCCUGGCUGCGCUGUCCCUGGCGGUGCCCUGUCUCUGCUGCUACGCGCCCCUGCGCGCCUGUCACUGGGUCGCAGCGCGCUGUGGCUGUGCGGGCUGCGGGGGUCGCCAUGAGGAGGCCGCUCGGUGAGGAUCAUUGGGCUGGUUUGGAAAUCCGAAGACCCAGAGUGGAAGGUCCAGGACCCUGAACUUCAUAGGAACCUAAAACUCAAACUUAGGUACAUCUGGAACUUGGAGCUUGGAUGGAUUUGAGAGAUCCCAGAUCUGGUACCUGGACCCUAAACCUAGGACUGAGAUCCCAGACCCAGCUUCAUCAGGAUGUCUGUCAGGUGGACCCCGGAGUCCUGAAUUCCGGAUUCUUCCUCCCGCUUCCCAGACUGGGCAGGCUCAUAACAUCUCCAAACAUUGCAUCUCAGAGGGCCCAGGAGCUCACAUCCCUGAAACCCAGGGAUCUUGGACCCCGACUCUGUCUAAAUCCCCAGCCCAGACCUCGGGUCAUACUUGACAUUGUAAACACAUUACGGCCCCCAGAUUAGUCAGAAGUUGCUAGACCUGAUCCCAUAGCAAAUGACUUAGACCUUACGACUAGAGGAGCCAGGAUCACCAGAAACUGGUCCCUGAAUUUUCACCUGAGACCUGAUAUUUCCUACAUCUAGAUGUUUUUAUAGCCCCGGGACCCAGAGACACCAAACCCUCUCGGGUCAGAGACAGCAGGAUGGCUUGACAUCACCAGACAUUGGCCUGAAGGCUCUCCACUCCUGAUGCUGCCAUCAGCUCACGUGCAGGUGACCCACAGAUUCCCUAGCACUAAGCCCUUAGAUAGUCUCAAAUAUGAGGUGUCUUCUGACCGAAAUGACCUGGGAGGCCCUUUUCAGAGCUCAGCAAGGUCUAGCUAUCAGACACCAAAAAGUUUAGGGGGCCAGGACCCAAAUCAAGCUGGCAGUUCUUGGGAACCUGGGUCUCAUGGAUGGACUCUGGGGUGCCUGGAACCCUCAGAUAUAUGGCUGAAGGCCGCCAGCACUUUGGGCCCAAGGCACUGGUUUCUAGUGCUUAGCCUUCCAUUUUCCCUUAGGCCUGAGUUUUGAGACCACAAAUGUUCUGGAAACAUUGGCUUCCUUCUGCCUGUAUUUUCCAGUCUCCUCCAAGCUGGGUGAGAGUCUGGAUCGGAGAAGAUGUGGUGGUCAUGGUAACCCAGGCCUCUUAUCCCUUGACUCUUCCAGCUCUAGAGUGACUCCAAGAUACUUUAAGAGCACUGGGUCUAAGACUCAGAUACCAUUGACUCCCAGGUGUGGGGUUCAAGCCCCCACAAUCUUGGGAUUGUUCUUGGCCAGAGACCUUGGUCCCUUCAUGCCAGAGACAUUCAGCAAGCAACAAGAUGCCCCAGGGCCUUAGCACCUUUAGGCUCCACUUUGUCUAGAAUUCAAAGUUCUUCUAGUCUGAAGAGGCCCCCAGAUACCUCACAACCUGAUCCCCCAAGUCCUGCCAUCCAGGGACCCACAAGCUAGAACGACCCAGCAGUACCCUGAUUUCCCCCUUUGGACGCUUGCAACAUUGUGAAUUCAGACUCCUGGAAUCUGGGCCCUCCCCAAGACAAUUUCCCCGUCCCACCCCUAGGGCCUGGUGGUGCCACAGAAGAUUGCACACGCCAAGCAGAGGCAGACAACUGCAAGGGCCACGCACGGCCAUCAGAGGAAGGCCUGCCCUUGCCUACUUUGCACAACAGUGCUUUCGGGGGGAGCCGCCAUCUCCUCCAACCUUGCAGAGGUCUUUCCCAUGCUGUAGCCCCUAAUUCAUUCAGGUCCAUCGGAGUUGGGGGUCGCUCUGGAAAGCACAGCAGUCUUUCAUCCCCUAUGCUUUUCCUCUGGAGGAGAGGGGUGCCACAGCCGCUUCUCACUAACCAGAGCGGGGUGUCCAUUGUACCUAGGAUCUGGUGUCCUGAUUAGGGGAACCAAGGUUUCAGAGCCAAAACAGUCUUGAUGGCUUAUGGGCUUAGGACCUACACAUGGCUCUAAGUACUUGGACAGACACUUAACCGGUCCUCAUUACCCAGACUGGGAUUCAAGGGGUUUAAGAUUUGUGUCACUUCCUUUAAAUUAUUAACUAUUUAUUGUAUCCGGAACCUGUGAUUCAGCUCUCGCAACCAGACCCUGGGGAUGGGUGAGAGAAAAUGGGGAGGAGGGGCUGUCCCUCCCACACCCCCACCUUGUCCAGCUCUCAUCACUGUCAGACCCACCAGAACUGAGGGCAGAGGGACUCUGGGGGCUGGGGCAGCCUGGGUCCCCAUCCCCUCUCUGUGCCUCGGUCUCCCCCUUCUGUGGUGAGCAGGGGGAAGCUCCAUUCUUAACCUACCUCGUUAUGGGAAGGGGAGGGAUGGGGGACCAGAGUGCUGUGUGGUGCUGUGAGAUCUUUGGAUUAAGCAGUGGGGGCUGGGGAAGGUUCCCCGGUCCCCAUUUUCCAGUACCGUCUCUCCCAGGUCCCCCAGCCCCGUUCCCUGCUGACACCCACCUCUGAUCCAUGAUUCCCUUUCAUUGCCCCCAUUAUCUGGGGUGCAUGGAGGGCUGAACCCUGGGAGCCAGGAAGACCUCAGCCCCUGGAGCCCCCAGGUCAAUUUCCCAGCUGCUUGCCCCUCAGACUUUUGGGGGGAAGGUAUGCCAACAGUUCUCUUCCUUAUCUUGAUUCCACGCCAGUCUGUGACCUCAGUAUUGUUAGUGUCAGUGCAGGCUGAAGUGGAGGGAGGAUGGGGCAUGGACCAGCCUUGUCGACGGGGGAGGGGUGGCUUGAGAUCUGCUCCAAGAAAUGUGUGUGACUGUGUCUCAGCCUGGUCUUUAUUUGUGUUGCUGCGUGUGCCCAGUCCCUUUGUUUGCCAGGAGUGCUGGCCCCUACUUUUCUUUCCCUGUACACCCUUCAUGCCCAAGAUGACCAACUAGCUGCGAUUUAUAUGCCCAGCCACUCGAUGCUAAACAUCUACUGUGUCACUGGUGGUGAUGAAGAUUUAAAUAAAACCCUGCAGAAGGCGA